AUGACAUCAUCGAGCUUUAUUAGUGGAAAUUUUGGUGAUAUCAAAGGUUUUCUAUAUGCAUGGUUAGGUAAACAAAAUAAACUUCCAUCUUAUGAAGUUUCUCAACAAGGUACUAAACAAAGAAUUCGAUUUAAAUGUGAAUAUUCAUAUACUGCUAUAGGAAAUUCAACAAAUAAAAAAGAUGCACAAACAAAUGCUGCAAUAGAUUUUUGUCAAUAUCUGGUUCGUGAAGGAAAAAUGUCACAAAAUGAACUUGAACCAUAUUUACCAUCAAAAAAUUCAUCAGUUCUUACAACACAAACACUUGGAACAUUACCUGCUGGUCUUGUACCACCACAUAUGCUUCAACAUAAUACUACAACAAAUGAUGCUAUUUCACCACCUGCUCUUCUUCCAUAUCAACCAGGACCACCAUCUCAUUAUCUCGAACAAAUUCAUUCUGGUCGUAAAAUGCUCGAAGAGCAAGAAGAAAGUGAUACAAAUGCAGCAAUUCAUGGAAAUUGGACAAUUGAAAAUGCUAAAGGACGUUUACAUCAAUAUUUACAAAAAAAUAAUCUUCCGCAAGAAUAUAAAUAUACAGCAAGUGGACCAGAUAAUCUUCGAACAUUUUUUGCUGAAUUAUCCAUUUAUAUACGAGAACGUAAUCAAACAAUUUAUGCACGUGAAAAUGGUUCAACUAAACAGAUUGCUUCAAAAAGUUGUUCACUUGCACUUGUUCGACAACUUUAUCAUUUAAAUAUUAUUGAAGGAUAUACUGGAGAAAAAAAGAAAAAACAAAUUGAAAAAACUACACCAUUUCGUGUCAAUGUUAGUAAUGAAAUUGUCGAAGAACUUGACCGUGUUAUACAAUUAUUUAAUAUUCAACCAAUUGUGAUAAAUGAACAACAACCAACUGGUUCAUUAUUAAAUCCUCAAAUAUUAGAACGUUUUCCUUCAAGUGAACGUCGUACAAUAUCAUCGAUAAUUCAAUGGGUACCACCAAUAUCAAAUUGGAAUCCAUGGAUAUCAUCAAAUAUUGAUGAAGGUCCAUUAGCAACAGCUACAAUGAAAUCAAUUAGUGAAGAUUUAUAUCGUGCAGAACAAUAUAAAACAAAUAAUGAAAUAAAAUUUCGUUCUCAAGAACGUCAAAAUUUACCUGUUUUUACUUAUCGACAACAAAUACUUGAACAAAUUAAAAAUCAUAAUGUUAUUCUUAUCCGUGGAGCAACUGGAUGUGGAAAAACAACACAAAUUCCUCAAUAUAUAAUUGAUGAUGCUAUUGAAAAUAAUCAAGGUGCUCAUUUUAAUGUUGUUGUUACUCAACCACGACGAAUAAGUGCUAUUUCAAUUGCUGAACGUGUUGCUUGGGAACGAUGUGAAGAUUUAGGUAAUUCAUGUGGUUAUAGUGUUCGUUUUGAAUCAAUACUUCCACGACCAUAUGGUUCAUUACUUUUUUGUACUGUUGGAGUACUUUUACGAAAACUUGAAAGUGGUUUAAGAGGAAUAUCUCAUGUUAUUGUUGAUGAAAUUCAUAGGUACUUCAAUUAUAUUUAUAUUCUUCUAAUAUUAAUAUAA